AGCAAGGGGCUUCAUUCCUAUCCUAUGCAAAGAAGCUUGCCACUACGAUGAAGGAACAUGAGAAAAUUGUCGUUCUCAUGAUGGACGAAAUCCACUUGCAGCCUUAUUUUGAUUAUAACGGAGGCGUAAUUGUUGGUGCAGCAUGUAAUAGCUCAAAUGCAGCGAAGACAGCUCACGUGUUCAUGAUGCAAAGCUUGCUUUCAUCUCAGAAAAAUGUAGUGCACAUACUUCCGGUAGAGCGUAUCAGCGCACAGCAGCUUCAUACCAUUUUGCACAGCAUUAUUACUGAGCUGGAGAAUGUCGGUUUACGUAUCAUUGCAGUGAUAAGUGACAACUCCAUCAACCGUAAGACAAUGUCACUUUUUGGGGCGCCCUGCAAACUUCAAAGUGUAUAUAGACACCCUGCAGACUCUGAACGCCCACUUUUUUUAAUUGACCCUGUACACUUAUUGAAGUGUGUGAGAAACAAUUGGAUCAAUCGGCGAAAUGCUGGAACGUGCAUGUUCUUUCCUAGCCCCAGAGGACCUAGCGAAAAACCACCUAUACUCACAGCUUCAUUUAAAACUCUUCGAGAGCUUCACUCAAAAGAACAGAGUCAGCUGAUUAAAUCUGCACCAACGCUUACAACAAAAGCUCUUAAUCCAUCGAACAUUGAGCGCCAAAAUGUCAUGCUUGCGCUAAAAAUUUUCAACCCUUCUACAGCGGCAGCUCUUCGGACAUGUGGGCCCAGACUUCAGUUCGAGCAUGUGGUUGGAACUGCAGAGUUUUUAGAAAUAAUAACAAAGUGGUGGAGCAUUCUGAAUGUAAAGACAUGCAACAAGGGCAUUCGGCUUCGUGACGAGCUGCAGUCACCUAUUACAUCAGUAACAAGUCCCCAGGUCCAGUUUUUGUUGAGUGUAGUGAAGUGCCUAGAUCUGUGGCAGUCACUCAAGUUUGACACAGGCAUACUUACAAGGGAGACGCACAGUGCCCUCCGUCUCACGACAGACACCUUAGUAAAAGUGACAAAAUAUUGCUUAGAGGAAAUGCACUUUGACUAUGUGCUGUUAGGAAAGUUUCAGACCGAUUGCUUGGAAGAGAGGUUUGGCAAGUAUCGCCAACUCGCUGGUGCGCAAUACCACAUAUCCAUAAGACAAGUGUAUGAGUCUGAGCGAAAACUUCGUCUGCAAAAUAUUCUGGAGCUCCCAGAAAUGGAAACUGCAACAGUUGCAGUGGCAGUAAACGAUGAUGUGCUCGACAAGUUUGACAUUGAGGUUGCAGACGAUGACUAUCAGAAGAAGGCACCGAAUCUCCAUGCAACCACCUACGUUGCUGGUUACUGUGCCCAUGCUGCGUUCAAAAAACUUUCAUGCAUGUCUUGCAAAGGAAAUUUGAUGCUAGAAGACAACAUUGAGGUUGAAGGUGGGGAAUUAGUGCAGGCCAUGACCCGUGGCGGUCUCAAGUUUCCUCAGCCUGCAAUAACAAACGCUGUUCUUGCAGCAGAAAUAGUUCUGGACAAACUGAGGAGCGAACAGUAUGCAACACAAUUUCAUGCACUGCCAAAUAAAAAGGAGGCUCUUUUGGCACUCACACAUGAUUUAAUAAUUGACAGCAUUGAUUUCGAUGUGUGUGAGAAUGGACACACCCCGCGAGUGGCUAUGCACCACGUCCUAUGUGCAGCAGCUAACACGUUAUUAGGUAACUUUUGCAAAAGAAAAAAUGAUCAACUUGUAGCUGAAAAGGCCGCGAAAGAAAAAGAGCGAAAACUGAAGACUCUGAAAAACUAACUGCUCCACGCACUUGCGACUGCUUUCUUUCAUUAUUAAAUGUCAGUGCUUCGUUUUGCUUGCUUGCUUGUGACUUGUUUGCUUGUGACUGUAUUCAUUGGUUACUGGUGGAUGUUAGUUCCGAAACCGGUUUUCGUGUUGUAUUUCUGUACACAGUGUAUUCUCUUGUGCCUGCGGAGCAUCUUUAAGUUGUGUUCGCUUAAUGCAAUGUCAGCUUUUGUGGCGAAACAGCUUUGAUGAACUGCUCACUUCUCAUGUUUCUCUCCUGAAAAUAAAAUAUGACUUCUGAAAGUCUCUUUCAUUCAGCAUUUAAAAUAGAAAAUGUUUGAAACGUAGCUUCACAAAUCUGCAUAUUGAUACAUAAUAAAAUCAGUAACGGUAUGUCGAAAGGUAAGGGGUGCA